GAACAACUGUAAAUAAUAAUCAGUGUUAAAAAGGGAAGAAAAUCAAGCCAAAAAUCAAAAUAUUUUUCAUUUCUUGCAGAAAACCUUACAAAUCUGCUCCUCCUCCAGCAGCUGUUUGACAAAAGAGAGAAAAUUAAGAACGAAUAAGCAGAUUAUGCAGAACUCAAGGAUCAAUUAUUAUUUAUAAUUCAGCAAAAGAGGGAAAUAUCUGGAAGUCUGUUCGAAGGAAAAGAUCAAUAGUAAAGCCACGUAGAAGAGACAGGAAUGCAGGCCUCUCCCUGAGAGGAAAAAGACAGCUUGAAUGAAAGAACCCUUAAACAAGGCAUUGUCCAUAUUUUUUACCUCCUCAAGAAUAUCAGUGGUGCAAAAGCUUCAUAAAUUUGCCUAUUGUGGGAAAAGCACACAUUGCAAAUCACAGCUGAUUAUGCACAAGAGGAGAUGGAAAGCCACACAAAUUACCUGAAUGUGGCAAAAACUACGGUCACAAAAGCUCCCUUGUUCAUGGAAGGACCUCCACAAAAGAGGGAAGCCACAAAAGUGCUCCCAAUGCGGUAAAUGCUUUAGUGAGCCUGGCAACAUGGUGCUAUAUCAGAUAACUCACAGGAGGGAGAAAACAUAUGACUGUGCAGAUUGUGUGAAAGUCUCAUUAGAAAUUCCCAGGUCUUGAGAUACUAAAGGAUGCACACAAAGGAAUAAAACCAUUUUAACAUCCUUUCAGUGGGAAAAGGUUCAGUGAGAAUCCCUUCCUUGUGAAGCACCUGAGGACUCCCACAAAAGAGAAACCCUUUGAAUGUCCUAAUUGUGGGGAAAAAAUUAGUCACAAUUUAGGUCUAGUGGUACAUCAAUAGAUUGACUCCAUGGAGAAACUCUAUGAGUAUCUAGAUUGUGGGGAAAACGUCAUUAGAAAUUUCCAUCUCAAAAGACACCAGAGAACUCACACAGAAGAAAAAACCUUUGAAUGUCCUGAUUAUGGGAAAGUCACAGUUCUGGUGAUACACCAGAAGACUCCCAUAGGAGAGAAAUGCUUUGAAGGUCCUGAUUGUUGGAAAACUUUCAGUUCUGAUUCCAAUUUGUGAAACACCAGAGGAAUCGUAAAGGAGAAAAAGCCAUUCAAUGUCCAGACUUUGGGGGAAGUUUCAAUUGUAAUUCCCACCUGGUAACACAUCAGAGGAUUCACUCCAUGGAGAAACCUUAUAAGUGUAGAGAUUGUGGGAAAAGUUUCAUUAGAAAUUCCCACCUCUUGAGACAUAAGACCAUGCACACAGGAGAGAAACCCUUUGAAUGUCCUGACUGUGGGAAAAGCUUUAGUGAUAAUUCUAGCAUGGUGAAACACCGGAAGACUCACACAAGAGAGAAACCCUUUGAAUGUCCUGUCUGUGGGAAAAGUUUCAGUCGAAACGCCCACCUGGUGAUACACCAGAGGGCUCAUACAGGAGAGAAACCCUUCGAAUGUCCUAUCUGUGGGAAAAGCUUUAGUAAUCAUUCCAAUCUGGUGACACACCAGAUGACUCACACAGGAGAGAAACCCUUUGAAUGUCCUGAUUGUGGGAAAAGUUUCAGUCAGAAUUCCAGGUUGAUUAGUCACCAAAGGAUUCACACAGGAGAAAGGCCCUUUAAUUGUCCUGAUUGUGGGAAAUGUUUUAGUCGGAGAUCCAGCCUGGUGACACACCAGCGAACUCACACAGGAGAGAAACCCUUUGAAUGUCCUAUCUGUGGGAAAAGCUGUAGUGAUAUUUCUAAUCUGGUGACACACCAGAGGACUCACACAGGAGAGAAACCCUUUGAAUGUUCUGAUUGUGGGAGAGGUUUCAGUCAGAAUUCCCACCUAGUGAAACACCAGAGGACUCACACAGGAGAGAAACCCUUUGAAUGUCGUGAUUGUGGGAAAGGUUUUAAUCUGAGUUCCAGCCUGAUAACACAUCAGUGGAUUCACACAGGAGAGAAACUCUUUGAAUGUCCUGACUGUGGGAAACGUUACAGUCAGAAUUCCCAUCUGGUGACACACCAGAGGACUCACACAGGAGAGAAACCCUUUGAAUGUCCUUAUUGUGGGAAAGGUUUCAGUCGGAAUUCCAGGUUGAUUAGUCACCAAAGGAUUCACACAGGAGAAAGGCCCUUUGAAUGUCCUGAUUGUGGGAAAUGUUUUAGUCGGAGAUCCAGCCUGGUGACCCACCAGAGGACUCACACAGGGGAGAAACCCUUUGAAUGUCCUAUCUGUGGGAAAAGCUGUAGUGAUAACAAUAAUCUGGUAAGACAUCAGAGGACACACACAGGAGAGAAACCCUUUGAAUGUCCUGAUUGUGGGAGAGGUUUCAGUCAGAAUUCCCACCUGGUGAAACACCAGUGGACACACAGGAGAGAAACCCUUUGAAUGUCCUAUAUGUAGGAGAAGCUGUAGUGAUAAUUCUAAUCUGGUGAGACACCAGAGGACUCAUACAGGAGAGAAACCCUUUGAAUGUCCUGACUGUGGGAAAAGAUUUA